AACUAUAGUCAAUGUGUCUGUGAAGUACUUUGCCCAGAGAAAACUGAAAUAAUGACGGACCACUCAACGAUUCUGCAUGAAUUUACUGUAAAAGCUCGACCGAAAGUUGAAAGAUUUGUCUACAACUUUAGCGCUGGUGAUUUCGAAGGAUUACGGACCGCAAUGAAUUUGACAUCUCUCGUUGAGCAUGCCAAUAAUAUCGACAUCGCUUGGCAAGAGUGGAAAGAUGCAUUUUUAACAACCGCCUCGCACCAUAUCCCAUGGAUCAAUGCUAUUAUCCUAAACGCAAUACGAAAAGAAGAUUCCGUUCGCCAAAAACUUGAGACUUCCCCUAAUAGUGUUCGACUACAGCAGCAAUUCAAGUCUUUGCCAUCUGAAAUUAAACGAUUGUUGCGGAGAAAUGGGAAAAGUGUUUUAAUUGUUUAGGAAGAGAUCAAAGUCCGAAACGUUUCUGAAAAGAAACACAACAAAGUAAGACAUCCCUGACAUUAUUUCAUCGAGUAAUUGAUACAUAAUGAAACAUAUGACAAUACAGUACAGUACAAGACGACCAGUGAUUAAUUAGGAGGUUCAACCUCCUAAUUAAUCACUGGUCGUCUUGUACUGUAUUGUCAUAUGUUUCAUUAUGUAUCCGAGGUUGAUAGGUAUAUAGUAAUGGACUAUAAAUGGUAAUGUCUAAUGAUCAGACGAACGCAUCGCAAGCGCCAAGGUUGUGCAACAAAUAGAAAAUGAACCAACAAUUUGUGAACGAUGAUUGAAUGUGGUUAAAUGUAUAUUUAAGCAAAGUUCACGGCAGAUGUAUCACGCCGUAGCGUUAGAGUUUUUCAUAAAUAAUAAUAUGCUUUUUUGCAAAUGUUUCCUCUCAACAUGGAGGCGUUGGUAAAUAUUGAUGUGGAAAUUUUUUUUCGUAGAUUUAAUGUUCAGAGGAAUUUAUCAUGGCAAGCAACAUCAUCCGGGUAAGAAUGAAGUAUAAAACUAAAUACCACUAAUCGAGGGAUUUGUGGAACUAUUGUUCUGUUUCAUAGUCUCUAUUCCGCGCUCUGGGUGAGCUACUGUAUACGCUGUUACCUUCUCAGGCCGAGACACACAGGAUGCGAUUCGACAAUGCGGCGCGUUUUUCCAGUUUUUGAAGUACUAUUUAAAACACGAGCAGGAGUGGUUUAGCAGAUAUAAAACACGAGAGCGCAGCUCGAGUAUAUCUCAUAAAGCACGGACUGUGAUGGUUUUAAAUGGCUUAAAAAACGACCGAGUUCAUUGGCGAAGUAAUUUUUAAAAUAAAUGUUGUCUAAGUCGAGAAAAUCAAAGCUAAAGUUUAUUUUAAAUGAACAUUUUUAUCACAUAUUAAAUAUCACAUAUUUUUAUCACAUAUUUUUUUUAUCACAUAUUAAAAAACUCAUUAAUAAUUCGUGAGGAAAAUACAAAAGAAAUGAAUGUUUAAUCAAUGUUUGUAAAUCAGAUGCUUAGACAAUGUUUAUUUUUAAAAUUAGUUUCCCAAUUAACUCAUAAGAUGGGUCUAAAAAUACGACUAAAAAUCUUGGAAUAUCGCACCCUGCAUAAGGCUGAGUAUAAAAAAGCUUUCUUUAUUAAAGUUUACUUACAAUCCGUCAAAUUAUACACCAGUGGUGUAUAAUUUGACGGAUUGUAAGUAAACUUUAAUAAAGAAAUCUUUUUUAUACUCAGCCUUAUGCAGGGUGCGAUAUUCCAAGAUUUUUAGUCGUACCUGACUGGUACGCCAAUGGUUGUGGUCGCGUACUUAAAAUAAGGUUCAUAAUUAAAGUACAGGUUUCUGAAAAGUAUGUUCAGACUACGAGGCAGAAAAAGAGGCACAAUUGGUCAAUUGCAAUAUACAAACAAUCGAUUCCAACGUUUCUUAGUGCCAUCAGUCCAAUCAUGUUUCAUUGCAAGACAUCUCAGACACAUGAUAUACUGUACACCAACUAAAUUACCGUCUUGAAUACCUUGGGGUUUGAAAGGUCAUGUGGUACCAGCAAAACGUAAGUACGAAGAUAGCAAGAGUUCCGCGUACAUACGUGGUACGUGACUGGAAACAAAGAAGUACCAGACCGUAAUAUUGGCGUACCUCUGGUACGUAAGUACGCGAAUUAUCGCACCCUGCAAUUAUGACAAUUUAAUUGGUAUUGGUGCGUCUAGUAAAAACCACCAUAUUUUUUCUAACCGCCAUAAAUUUUGAUACUUUAGAUGAUUUAACGUCGGUAUUGAAAAGAGCGGUUGAUAUUGGCGUUACAAAGGUACAAAACAGCAGUGUAUCAUAGAUCUCUACAAAACCUUCUCUCGCUUUUAAGCCCGGAAAUAAAUAAAUCCCCUUUCGAUUAAUUCUCUGCCUUUGUGGUGAGAAAUGUUAUAUCAUCACGCAACCCACGCAUAAUGGAAUCUGUCCCUCAAUGAAAUGAUGUUUAACACCAAUUGACUGGGACGGGGGAAAUGUAUGUUUUGUAGACCCGAUACUGCCAAUAGUUCCCAGGCUAAGCCAAGGGAACACUCUAAAACACUCUGGUGAACCUAGAAAUAGCCCUAUUUGGGUUAACUUAAUAUUCCUGGUUAAUUUUCCUGGUUAUUUUUAACCUAUAGCCUAGUCAAUUUAAUCAGGACUUUCUUGGUUAAAUCAGUAACCAAAUUAUGUUAGGUGGGUAAAUAACCAGGGGCCCCUAGCGAAAUUGCAAGGUGUAACAUGCCUCGCAAAAAUUUACCUCAAAAUUAACUAAAGUCAACUCUGACAUGCUCUUUUUUAAAUAUUUCUCCAGAUGAUUAUAACCUGUGGCUGUUCAGAUGAUAUAAAAAAUGGACUUGAACUCAGUAAAACAAGAGGUACAUUCCCAAAUUCGUCUUUGAUGCUAAACAUCAAACUACUGCAAGAAGGUUUUCAUUCUGUGACAACUGUACUCUGUUAAAUUUGUUAAUGCUGCGAAAGAUAAACGUUUUACCUUUCACGUUUUACUAUUCAGUUCAGCAUAUGCAUAUGACCCAUUGCCAGUACUGUGUAGAUUAGAGUCAGGUGUACGGGUGCUUUUUAUCUUGAUGAAAAGGUUUUAUCUGCUUAAUAAAUUAUUAAUAGCUGCUACAAAAAGUGGUUGAAAAUUGCCAAGGGAUUGAAGUGGUAUCCACACAUUGAAGUCAAGGCCGGAUGUUGGUGGGGGAAAUAGGUUGUUUUCAAAUUUUCAUUUGAUCUAUCAUUCUAUCAGUUAACCUUUCCCAGAGGGGAGGUGCAUGACUUUUAGGGGAGACGCAAAAAUCUCAGGAUAGGUGCAAAAUUAUCUCAGGGGCGGUACGCACCUCCCCACACCUCCACUCAAAAUGUGGUGAAGUGGUACAGUACUUUCACAGUACAACAUAGUACAAACAUGCAGAGGUACAAAGAGGCUUGCAAAGGCAGCUAUAGCAUGAACUCAUGGUGAAGGAACCUCGAUUAUAAGUAAUAUUAAAAAAUAUAUAUUUGGUGAGGUGCACGUUCAAUAACUCAAUCGAACACUCCGAAUCAUGAAAAAAAUCCUUAAUUGUGUGCAGUCAAGCAACGUUGUUUCCAUGAUAUAGAUGGUUUGUACUGUACAGUUGGUUGUCAUCCUACGCGAUGUGGUGAGUUUGAGAAGGAUGGAGACCCAGAUGCUUAUCUCAAUGGGUUACUUGAAGUGAUUCAAAAUAAUAAAGAGAAAGUCGUAGCUGUUGGAGAAUGUGGACUAGGUUGGUUGUAAGUACAACAUACAACACUUUGUACGAUUGUAGUUUUAUGCAACGAAAUUUACCAUUUUCUUAUGAUUGCAUUGUAAUGAAAAUUCAAAAUGACUAAUAAGAUGCUUUUCCAAACUAUUUUAACUUUGAGUUGUUUCUUUCUUGCGUUAAACCCAUUUUCCAAUAUCUUGUAUGUAAUUAAAUACUGUAGUUGAGUAAUUGGCAAUGGCACAUUAUCAACCUCUGUGACCGCUCCUCUUGCUAAUGUCAAUUUGUUUCAAUCAUAUUGGGUGUAUGCAAUGGGACCGUUCUACAGCUUUUCUGGAUGAUAUUGCUUAAUUAAUAUUUGUUUUCAUUCAAUUCAUCAUGUUGCUUAUGUCUUAUAUGUAUACAUCCCACUUAAUAUAUAUACAGUAUACUCCUCUGUAUUGCUUUAUAGUAUAUAACCCAUUUGUACCAUUAUAAUAUUACUUUUAUGUCAAUUGUUGCUAUUCUUAUAUUACUGUUAUUAUUGCUACAUGUAGUAGCUGUACUUCUACUGCUUAACUUCUGCUGCUAUCAUUUUAAUAUUAUAUAAAAAUGAUAGCAUUUUAAUAUUGCUAUCAGUGACACUAGGAGCAACCCCCCUCCUCCGCAGCCCCACCAUUUUCCAAUAGGCGAAUUUGUCCGCGCGAAGCCAAGCGAAAAACAAAUCUUGGCAAUGUGAUUGGUCGGCGAAAACAUUCCCCGCGAAAAAGUUGGAUCAGUUCCUACUUUUUUACUGUUCGCGCGAACAAAUUCGCCUAGUGGAAAAUGGGCUUUAUUUAACAUGAUUUGAUACGUAAAUCUAUGGAUAGGAUGUCACGUCGGCAAAAAUUUCAUUUGACCGCGCAAGGUUUGUAAUGCAAUAUAGGCCGCGGGCAGUUGUGUGAAAAAGUGCCUAGAAAAGCAAUUUCGUGGCACCCCCUGGGGAAUAGAUUUUCUGUGGUUCAAUGCAUAGUUCCAUAGAUGCUCAGUCACUACGAAAAGUUCCCAAGCAAAAAACUUGCCCAAUACGGAGAAAAUGAGUGAUCAGUGAUUAUCCUCUAUUAGUAUUUUUGCACAAGUGAACAUAACAAAUCCUACACGUUGAUUGGUCAAAUUUGACGUAUUAAAUAUAGGUUAUUCACCUACAGGUGAAUAUAACAAAACUGAAAUUUUCAAAAUGGCGGUUAGCCGUUUUGUGGAAGUUACUGAUGAAGAAAUAAGCGAAAUUAAAAUAAAUUGAUCAGUCCCAAAAACACAAAAGACUUGUGUGAAAAUACUAAAACAAUUAUUCGCCUCAGGCUCGGUGAUUAUCGGGGAAUAUUCACCUCGAAUUCAUCUCGGCGAAUAUUCCCCGAUAAUCACCUCCCUUCGGCGAAUAAUUGUUAAUUAAUUAACAAUUAUUCGCCGAAGGCGAGGUUAUUAUCGGGCAAUAUUAUCACCGAGCCUGAGGCAAAUAAUUGUCUUAGUAUUUUUACACAAGUCUUUUGUGUUUUUUGGGACUGAAUUUAUUUUAAUUUCGCUUAUUUCUUUAUCAGUAACUUCCACAAAACAGCUAGCCGCCAUUUUGAAAAUUUCGGUUUUGUUAUAUUCACUUGUAGUUAUAUUCAUAUUGUCUGCUCCUGAGGGAAAUAAUUUGUUUUGUUUUCCCGAGUCUCAGAAAGUAAUUAUGCAAUGUGACGUCAGAGUGAAAUAAUUUGCAUGUCUCAAGAACGAAGCAAACUAAGAGAGUUUGGCAAAGUAUUAUUUGGUCAUUUUGAAUUUGUUUUACAAUGCAAUCAUAAAAGAAUGGUGUGAAAUUUCGUUGCAUAAGCAAUUUAAAUAAUUACACGAUCUACAUAUUAGUGACAGAUCAUUCAUCUAACUAUUUACAUCCAGACUUUUGAACCCUUCGUUUCCUUCAAAAUUGUCGAAGAAUGAAUUGAUUAAGAGGCAAUUUUUUUCACUGUCGCGUAUUUGCGAUAAAAAGUGUUCAAAAGCGAAAAUCUUUUUGGCGUUCCUCUCAAAAUUGCUUUGUUUUAGCUUUAUUCUCUAGCUUAUACAGUUAGCGACCUUUUUAAAUGCAUUUGCGGGUUGAGAAACAUAAAAUAAUAGUAAAAAAUUGUCAAUUACAGUCAAUUUCAGCUGACUUUUCGUCGUAAGAUUCCAAACUUCGUUCCGAACUUCGCAAAUUCGUUGCCAAGUUCAAAAGUUCAUAAUGAAAUUCACAAACAGGUUUGUAAACUGGGCAUUUGAUUGGCUGGUUUGAUUUAAUAGCCAAUCAGAGGCUUUGUUUACAAACCUGUUUGUGAAUUUCAUUAUGAACUUUUGAACUUGGCAACGAAUUUGCGAAGUUCGGAACGAAGUUCGGAAUCUUACGAUGAAAAGUCAGCUGAAAUUGACUGUAAUACAAUUAUCAAUGAUGCUUUAAAAUUGACGCCAUGCAUAUUACAGCAAUAUAAGCAAAACUUACUGAACUUCAGACGUCAUUUUCUCUUUGGCUUACCAUCUAAAAUCUCUUCAUUUUAGCAUUAUUUUACAGAUAAAUAACUAAUCACACUUUUUUUAAAAGUUGCCGCUUGAGAAACGUAUCAAAAAUUUAAAAAAUUGAAUAUAGUCAUAACCAAGUGGAAAAGUUAGUUUUGAGCGCGUGUUACGUAACAUACAAAAAAUCUCCUCUCAAUAUAUUAAAAAUUUAAUAUUGAUAAAGUGAUGGGAUUUAAGGCAAAAUUGUGCACAUGAACUCUGGAUUCAAGUAAUAUUUUCUGUUUGCUUGGUUCAAAUUAAUGUGCUAAAGUAAAUAUAUGCGAGUUAAUUUGCACUUUACAUGAAAUGUUUGUAAGAGUGCUUUAUACUAACUUGCAUACAGUAUACAUUCUGUAAUACUUCAUGACUAGAAAUACGGUACAUGCAUGGGAUACACUGGAAUCGAAGAUAAGUUUACUUAGCUAUCUAUUUUGCGUACUGUCAGCUUUAGUCAAAUUAUUAAAUUACUUCUCAUCGCACAAAAAAACAGCAAAGCUGAUAUGUGGUGCACCGAUAAUUAUUUUAGUUGGUUAUAAAGUGAUGGUGUUUAUAUUAUAUUGUCGUGACUAAUGAUAGGAAAUAAUUUCACCAUCCAACAUCGAUAAACAUGCAUGGUUGGAAGAGUCUUGCUUAAAAAGUUCAAACCUAUACUUCGCAUUUGCAAGCGAGCAUGAAAAAUCGUGAAAAUAUUGCCAGCUUGUCUAUACAAUUAUUUUCAAGUAAAAUUUUAUAAGUACCCGUACUUUUUAAACAAUUAAUGUUACUUUUCAACCUGAAGCAGAAGGCCUGGACUUUAAAUAAACAAUAUCCGGAGAUAAUGAGAUUAUCUCACUAUCUGGUCGGAUGUACAGUGUAAUAUCGGAUGCAUCCCUAAUAACGGAAUAAUAUUAUUGAAAAAAAAACAUUUGUUGUUUUUGACUAGAUUAUGAUCGCUUGCAUUUUUGUCCUAAAGAAACUCAACUAAAGUAAGUGUUCAAUGAAAGUGCUAGGUAUUGGAGAUAAAUGAAUCAAUGUGAUCUCCAACCUUGUAUCCAUGUUUCACCAGAUGAUUAUCUUCAUAGAUAUUUUGAAAGACAAAUUGACCUGGCAGAAAAGACGAAGCUACCAAUGUUCCUUCACAUGCGUAACGCUAACAAGGAUUUUUGUGGCGAGUAGAAAUUUAAUUAUCUUCCUUUUCUAUAAAAUCAUGCAGGGUCACGAUAAGAAGUUCAGACCAACUUAUUAUCUAUAAGAAGUUUAUAUUAUAAGCAGUUUAUAUUAUAAGAAGUUUAAACCAACUUAUAUCUGUAAUAAUACUGUAUUACAAGGCUCAGAUCUGGUCAUUUUACCAAAACCGCGGAUUCUUCCUCUCGCUCUAAAAAGACGUGCGAUGUUUUCGCGUCAAAAUAUUCAGGGAUGCUACCACAUUCCUAACGACGUGAAAUCGACAUCGUGGGAAUAGCGCGACAUAUACAUGUAUGUGUCGUUUUAUUGUAUCGUACUUUACUUAUCGUCACGUAGUUACAGGCUAUGUUUACUGCAAACGUCAGUAGCCCUUGAUCUCCAAGAUUAUUAUUAAAAGUCUCUGCGGAGGAGAGUGGGAAUACUGGUUGAGAUUACCUUUCUCUACACAAAAUUCGCAUACCCGUUAUGAUGAAUUCCAUGUUAAAAGAUCUUAUUGCGCUUCUUAAGCCCUCGCUGUCCUACUCAUUGACACAUUGUUGAUCUUGUGUCAUCAGGGUAAAUUACCUAAAGUUGUUUCGGCGCUGUUUGGGGGAGAGGGGUGAUGAAGUUUGUUUUUUCAAUGUAUAUUGGCUGGAAUGGUUUCAAGGGUUAUGUUAUAUUAAUGGGUCGUGAUAACGAAUGAUUGGUCCGGGAGAAAUUAUAUUCGACACAGGCGCAUUCCUGAAUGUUUUGACACGAAAACAUGACGCCUCUUUUUCUGGCUCAAUGAAGCAUCCAUUGUUUGGGUCAUACCUUUAUACCUUUAUAAGAUUAAAUUUGCAUGAUGGUUAUGUCAUGCCUCUUACUACCAACUACGCGCUUAUGCGUCUAAUUUUACUUAACCUAGCUGUAUACAGAUCCAACUCGGUAUCGCGUGAUAGGUCUAGACUGAAGUUUACCAAGUGACUCUAGUUUCGGUUACAACCUGCAGUUGCUCAUAGAAAAUUAAUAUGCAAAAUAUGAAGAUACAGUAUAUUGACUCGUGGAGCCGGUCCGCACCUGAGUGCAGAGGUUUUCUCUUGUCUGGCGAGUUUUAUAAGAGCUAGAUCUGCGCCUUGGGUUCAGUCUAAAGUACAGCUAAACAGGAUACCCCCUGAUCCAGGGUAGGUCAGCUUCAAGCCUGGUACACAACCCUCUGUGAUGUUGUUUGCAAGUUUGAAACUGAUGCAAACUAAAUAAAUAUGCAUUCGUUGGUGGAUUUUAUCUCCGCUCUCGUUACUCUCCCGGAAGCGGAGAUAAAACCCUGGGUACGAGGUUGGCAUUGCAGUUGUUAAUAUUUGUCACUCCUGUUUUUAGAUAUUAUUAAACGAAAUCGAGAUAGGAUUCACGCUGGUGUUGUAAGUUUUUGCAUACAUACAGUAAUGACGGUUUAAAAGUGACUGCAUACUUAAAUCCGCCAGGAGGUUAUGUUUUCAUCCGCGUUUUUAUGUGUAUGUGUGUGCGUCUAUCAGCACGAUGACUUAAAAAUAUCAUACGUAUUAAUACGAAAAUUUGUGGGAUUAAUGGACAUUGCCCAAGGACAACUUGAUUAAAUGUUGGUUAAAUUUGGAUGAAAAUUGGAUGAGAAAUUAGCCAAAGUUUGUCUUGUUUUGCUGGGCAGAAAAAAACUGAAUGCGUAAUUAGCCCAUUGUAUAAUUUAUGUACGAUACAUAUCUUAAUUUGUUGGCCAAGGUAUAUGCAGUCUCCGAGUGCCCUCUAUAUGUACUAUUUAAAGCACGCGUAGCAGUGUUUUAUCACAUAUAAAACACGACGCGUAGCGGAGUGUUUUAUAUGUGAUAAAACACGACUACAAGUGCUUUAAAUAGCUUAAAAAACGACUCAUCUUUAAAAUAAACUUUGUCUAAACCGAGAAAAUCAAAGCUAAAGUUUAUGUAAAUUAACGUGAUUUUUUAUCACAUAUAAAACCACGACACGCUUAUGAUUUUUCUUUGUGUUUUGCUCCUGAAUUAUUAAUGAGUUUUUUAAAUGUACUUUACAUGGCUGUAUUCAGGUCUAGCAGUAUGACGUAUCAUAAUAAUCCGCCAUUUUGAGUUGGCAAAAAUCUUUUAUUCAACCGACUACUACACAACCGUGGAGUAUUAUAACUCCACAAAAUGCUCAAACAAAAGCAACAGCCGCAGUCAGUGCCAUAGUCUUGCUUUGACGCCUGUUGGCUUUUCCUUGACUAUUUUUAAUUUGCCACCCAAAAUGUCCAAAUAUCACCAAAUACGUGUUGUGUGACGUCACUUGCAAGACCAUUGAUAUGCAAUAUAUAUCUUUGCAUAGGCUCACUGUUUUACUGGCAAUAAAGAAGAAGCACACUCAAUCCUUGAUCAAGGACUUUUUAUCGGUGUAACGGGAUGGUAGGUAUAGGAUUCAUUUGGCGUGAAGGCUAUUAACCAGUAUCAUGGGUUUUUUUCAGGGCUUUUGUAGGACCGUUGAACGGCCCAAAAAACUCCAUCUUGAAUUGAGUUUUGAGACUCAAUCAUCUCACCAAAAGUUUUAGUGUAGUAAAAAUGAAGUAGUCUGUGUUAAAAUUAUAACGUGGAAAUACUUUUUCCUGUUGGAACCCAACAAAGUAAAAAAAAAAAAACAUACCACCUGCAAUUCGUUUCGCAACAUAAAAUCAAAGCAAUUUAUAAGGCAUGUAAAGGCUAAAAUCGUGAAGCUUCCAGUAACUUCACUCCUGGAUUUCCCAGGUUUUAUGGUGCCCCAGACCCCAGGUGAUUAGGUAAACACUCAAUCUUCCCAGCAAAGAUUCCUUUAAAAAAACCCUGCAAUAUUUUGCUUGUUGGUGUGAAACAGUAGGUUAUGAUCUUAUCGAAUUGUUAAGCUAAGUUACUAUUAUAAUAAAUAAAAGAGUAAAUUAAGACUAGAAUUCACGUUUGGUCUCCGCGGUAGAUACAUGCCUGGGCACUUUGGUGUACCUAUUUUUUUACCGUAACUUCAUUAACUUACCCAUGUGCAGUGCAGACGUGCAGUACCAAUGUUUUCAUUUUGUAUAUAGUUCGUUUAAAACGGAAGAAAAUCUGGAAGUUGUAAAAUCAAUCCCAGCAGAAAAGUUAAUGAUUGAGACGGGUAUGGCAGUAUAUGUGUCUAUAUUGUAAAUAUGAACCUCAUUGUGCUGUUACUGAAUACACCAUUGUUGUAUAGAUGCACCGUGGUGCGACAUUAGACCAACUCAUGCUGGGUUUCAGUACAUUAAAACAAAGUUUGAUACUAAGAAAAAAGAAAAAUGGCAAGAAGGAUGGUGUGUGAAGAGCAGGAAUGAACCAACACAUCUAAUGUAC